AUGGACGACAUUAAUACAUAAAAAUAAAUUAUUUUUGAAAAUGAAAAUAAAUUAGCAAACAUAAUAAUUUUAAUUCCUAAUUUUUUCAUUUUAAUAAUUUUUAACAUUUUCAAAGAUGGACUUUUAUGUUUAUUCUUAUUAUAAAUUUAUUAUAUAACCUUUCCAUACGCCUAUAAUAAAUAUAUUCUGAAGUAAAAUAGCUUAAAAGCAUUUUUUCUUAGUGAAUUUGAAAAUAGGAUUUAACAAAUUAAAUAUGGAAUUACAUUUGGGGCUGUAAUGUUUAUAUUACUACUUUUGUAUUAUAUUUUCUUAUAUGAGUUUAAGCAUAAUAUGUUACAACAUUUAAAUUUACCUAUUUAAUUCUCAGCUUUAUAUUUAUUUACUUUUUUAAUUAUUUUUUAAUUUAUUAAUCCUAUACUAGAAGAAUGGUUUUGGAGAAUAUUUUUAGAAAAAUAUUUAGGAUAAAAAAACAUUAAUAUAAUACACAUAGGUUAUACAUUAUUCCAUUUAGUAGCUUUAUUGUAAAUUAUGUCUUUGUAAUUAGCGUUUUUCUUUGCAACUAGUUUCUUUUCUUUAUCAAGAACUUUUUCUUAUGUUAAAAAUAAUAAAGGAAUUAUUUCUUGUAUAAUAGGACAUAUUUUUCUAUCUUUCUUUUGUGGUUUUGCAAUACUGGAUGUAUUAUAUAUUGAAUGGGAUCAUUAAAAUAAUAUAAUUCAUUAAGAAUAAUGA